UUUUUUUGAUGAAGGGGUAGUUUACCGUUACACGCGUCUCGACAGUCACUCAUUUCGAGGCAUUAUAUAAACGAAAAAUACGUUUCAAAAAUGUUUAUUCAAACUUGUGCAAUUUAUUCCCAUUAAUGUCAAAUUUACCGCACGGAACAAUAGAAUUUAUUUGAAAACUUUAAACACUCUGGAAAAUAGCAACAAUAAUAACAAUAACAACAACAAAAAUAAAAUACAAAAUUUACAAUAAAAUGCGACUGUAUCAGUAAUUUAAUUUAUUUCCCACACCAAAGAAAAACAUGUGUCACGAAAUUUUGUGAAAAUCAAACGAAUUUAUAUAAAUUAAUUUGUUCAAGCAAACAUUUUUUUUCUAUAACGAAUAUUUAAAAAUAAUAAUAAUGAACGAGGAAACUGAUAAAACGACAAGUAUUCAAUCAUUGAAUGAAAUGAAUGAAAGAAAUUCAAUGGAGGACAACAACAAAAAUAACCGGAAAUCUUUUCAAGAGGCUUUUCAACAAUAUUUCAUGUCGGAAAAUCAAAUGCAAGAAUCAAUAACAACAACAAUGAGCGAUGAUGAUGAAGAAGAUGAUGACAAUGACAAAAACAAUAGCAAUGAUUUUCAAAGUGCUUAUGAGAAAUGGUUGAGGAGUAGUGUUUAUCAUAGUAAGAGUGAAUUACCUCAUCACGAUGAUGACAAAGAAUUUUUAAAUAACAACAAUCACAAAAAUGAAAACAAUUAAUUCAAAUAGUUUUCUUUUAAACGAUUUUCAUUUUUUUUUAAAGUGAUCUUUAAAUAUUUGUUUCCGAUUCUAUUUUUUUCUGAAAAUUGUUAUUAUUCCCAUAAUUUCAAUGUUCUACUAUAAUUUCGUUAUUUUUUAAAUUAUUUUAUUUAUUUUAAUUUAUAAAUUUUUUAAUAAAAAAUUGAUUUUUAAUCAAAAAUUGUUUUUUAAUUAAAAAUUAAAAAAAAAAAUUUGUUUAAAUUCAAGGAAUUGAAAUUAAUUUUGAAUUUAAUUCGGAUUUUCUUAUUUUAUAUCCAUUGUAUUUGUUAUUAAUAGAAAUAUCAGUAUUUUCACACAGACACUAAGAAAAUGUACUUUAAUUUAAAUAAACGAUUACUCGACUGUUA